AUGAAGAUCGCUUUGCUGGUUUCCUUUCUUCUCGUCCUGCGCGCGUUAGCUGCGCUGGAGGCGGACGGGGACGGAGUCUGUUCCCGUCAGCUGAACAACAGUCAGAACAUCACGGUGGUGGCGGCGCCUGGAGCCAAGGGCGAGCCGGGGGCUGACGGGCCGCAAGGGCCUAAAGGUGAGCCAGGUGACAAAGCUCCAAGAGGUGUGCCUGGCAAGCUGGGUCCGGUCGGACCGAAAGGUGUGAGGGGAGACACAGGUGAACAGGGCCCGGCAGGUGAGAAGGGAACACCUGGUACCAGCCCACCUGUUCCACCUGUCGUGGCGUUUUCCGUGGCGCGAACGACCAGGCUUACGAAGGUAUCGUCUGACACGGUGGUGAAGUAUGACGUCAUCCUUAGCAACGUGGGCGGGGCGUACAACGAGGAAACGGGGAAGUUUGUGGCUCCAGUAGGAGGCGUCUACUUUUUCACCUUUACCGGUAGGAUACAUCCAACUGACAGCAAAUGCUACCUGCUGUUGAUGAAGAACGGACAGAGAAUGGUGGGUUUGUAUGAGAGCAGCGGUGGGGAGCCCCAUAACCAUAGCCAGUCCAGUAGUAACAGUGCCAUUCUGUACCUACAGCCUGGAGACCAGGUUUGGGUGAGGUUGUCACGUGGCCACGAUCUGUACAGUAACAGCGGCAGAUUCGUCACGUUCUCAGGAUUCCUCAUCCACGCUGACUAA